GAGCGCGGAUCGGGAUUUGCUCCGGGGGCCGGCGGACGGUCGGGGCCCGGUGGGGGGAGAAAGGGGGAUGGGGGCCGCUCUCGGAGGGGGUCGGGGCCGCCGCCGCCGGCGUCGCGGCGGCGACUGAAGCCAGGAAGAAGAGCGGGGGGCGGGGGAGCGGCCGCCGCCGCCCCCCGGACGCAUCGGAGCCAGCCAGCCGUCCCGAGCUCCGACCAGGUUUCCCUGCAAACAGAUCCUGUAAGUUCCAGGCGUUUACACUGGAAACUUGAAGAUCCUGCUUCUUGCCCCCCAGGCCACAGGUGUGGGGAACUUGGGGUGCAGCAGAGAAGUUUCUGUAUUCAGCUGCACAGGCAGAGGAGAAUGGGGUCUCCACAGCCUGAAGAAUGAAGACCCGACAGAAUAAAGACUCAAUGUCAAUGAGGAGUGGACGGAAGAAAGAGGCCCCUGGGCCCCGGGAGGAACUGAGAUCGAGGGGCCGGGCCUCCCCUGGAGGGGUCAGCACGUCCAGCAGUGAUGGCAAAGCUGAGAAGUCCAGGCAGACGGCUAAGGUAUCCUGUACUCAGGCCCGAAUAGAGGAAGCCUCCACCCCGAAGGCCAGCAAGCAGGGCCGGAGUGAGGACAUCUCAGAGAGUGAGAGUGAGGAGACUAACGCACCAAAAAAGACUAAAACUGAGGAGCUCCCCCGCCCCCAGUCUCCCUCGGAUCUGGACAGCCUGGACGGGCGGAGCCUCAAUGACGAUGGCAGCAGUGACCCCCGGGACAUUGACCAGGACAACCGGAGCACGUCCCCCAGCAUCUACAGCCCCGGAAGUGUGGAGAACGACUCCGACUCGUCUUCCGGCCUGUCCCAGGGGCCAGCGCGUCCCUACCAUCCACCUCCACUCUUUCCUCCUUCCCCUCCGCCACCAGACAGCGCCCCCCGACAGCCAGAGCCUGGCUUUGAAUCCCAUCCUCCCGUGACACCCUCUGGAUAUCAUGCUCCCAUGGAGCCCCCCACCUCUCGAAUGUUCCAGGCUGCUCCUGGGGCUCCCCCGCCUCACCCACAGCUCUACUCGGGGGCUGCUGGUGGAGGAGUAUUGUCCGGACCUCCCAUGGGUUCCAAAGUGGGAGGGGCUGCCCCUUCAGUGGGGGCCCCUAGUGGGGGCAAGCAGCACCCCCCACCCACUACCCCCAUUUCCAUGUCAAGCUCUGGGGCCACUGGUGCUCCCCCAGCCAAGCCACCUAACACCCCCAUGGGCAGCGGGGGCCUGCCCUCUGCUCCGCCACCAGCCACGUUCCCCCAUGUGACACCAAACCUGCCGCCCCCACCGGCACUGAGACCCCUCAACAACGCAUCAGCUUCUCCUCCAGGCCUGGGUGCCCAGCCGCUGCCCGGGCAUCUGUCCUCCCCCCACGCCAUGGGGCAGGGCAUGGGAGGCCUUCCUCCUGGCCCUGAGAAGGGCCCCACUCUGGCUCCCUCACCCCAUCCUCUCCCCCCUGCUUCCUCCUCUUCUGCCCCAGCCCCCCCAAUGAGGUAUUCCUACUCCUCCAGCAGUAGCUCGGUGGCCGUCUCCUCCAGCGCGUCCUCCUCCUCUGCCUCCCAGUACCCAGCUUCCCAGGCGCUGCCCAGUUAUCCUCACUCCUUCCCGCCGCCAGCAAGCCUCUCUGUUUCCAACCAGCCACCCAAGUACACUCAGCCUUCUCUCCCAUCCCAGGCCGUGUGGAGCCAGGGCCCCCCUCCACCUCCUCCAUACGGCCGCCUCUUAGCCAACAGCAAUGCCCACCCAGGCCCCUUCCCUCCCUCCACGGGGGGCCAGUCCACUGCCCACCCACCAGCCCCCGCCCACCACCACCACCACCAGCAACAGCAACAACAGCAGCAGCAGCAGCCACAGCAACAGCAUCACCACGGGAGCUCCGGGCCCCCUCCCCCUGGAGCAUACCCCCAUCUGGAGAGCAGUGGCUCCCACCACGCUCACCCUUACACCAUGUCAUCCUCUCUGGGGUCCCUGAGGCCCUAUCCCCCAGGGCCAGCACACCUGCCGCCCUCUCACAACCAGGUGUCCUACAGCCAAGCGGGCCCCAGCGGGCCCCCAGCCUCCUCCUCUUCCAACUCUCAAGGCUCCUACCCUUGCUCCCAUCCGUCCUCCUCACAGGGCCCCCAAGGGGCGCCCUACCCCUUCCCAGCCGUGCCUCCGGUCACCACCUCCUCCGCUACCCUUUCCACGGUCAUUGCCACCGUGGCUUCCUCGCCAGCAGGCUACAAAACAGCCUCCCCACCUGGGCCCCCGCCGUAUGGAAAGAGAGCCCCAUCCCCUGGGGCCUACAAGACGGCCACCCCACCCGGAUACAAGCCUGGGUCGCCGCCCUCCUUCCGAACAGGGACCCCACCGGGCUAUCGAGGCGCUUCCCCGCCCGCAGGCCCUGGGACCUUCAAGCCGGGCUCGCCCACGGUGGGGCCCGGGCCCCUGCCACCUGCGGGGCCCACAAGCCUGUCAUCUCUGCCGCCGCCACCUGCGGCCCCAAACUCAGGGCCUCCCCUGAAUGCCACGCAGAUCAAGCAAGAGCCGGCUGAGGAGUAUGAGGCCCCGGAGAGUCCGGUGCCCCCGGCCCGCAGCCCUUCGCCCCCUCCCAAGGUGGUAGACAUGCCCAGCCAUGCCAGUCAGUCGGCCAGGUUCAACAAGCACCUGGAUCGCGGCUUCAACUCGUGCGCGCGCAGCGACUUGUACUUCGUGCCGCUGGAGGGCUCCAAGCUGGCCAAGAAGCGCGCCGACCUGGUGGAGAAGGUGCGGCGCGAGGCCGAGCAGCGCGCGCGCGAAGAGAAGGAGCGCGAACGCGAGCGGGAGCGGGAGAAGGAGCGCGAGCGCGAGAAGGAGCGCGAGCUCGAGCGCAGCGUGAAACUGGCCCAGGAGGGCAGGGCCCCCGUGGAGUGCCCGUCUCUGGGCCCAGUGCCGCACCGACCUCCGUUUGAGCCAGGCAGCGCUGUGGCCACGGUGCCGCCCUACCUGGGUCCUGACACUCCAGCCCUGCGCACUCUCAGUGAAUACGCCCGACCGCAUGUCAUGUCUCCUGGCAAUCGUAACCAUCCCUUCUAUGUGCCCCUUGGGGCCGUGGACCCCGGGCUUCUGGGUUACAACGUCCCGGCCCUGUAUAGCAGCGACCCAGCCGCUCGGGAGAGGGAACGUGAAGCCCGGGAACGAGACCUCCGCGACCGCCUCAAGCCUGGCUUCGAGGUGAAGCCGAGUGAGCUGGAGCCCCUCCAUGGGGUCCCUGGGCCUGGCCUGGAUCCCUUCCCUCGACACGGUGGCCUGGCUCUGCAGCCUGGCCCGCCAGGCCUCCACCCUUUCCCCUUCCAUCCGAGCCUCGGGCCUUUGGAGCGAGAACGGCUGGCGCUGGCCGCUGGGCCAGCCCUGCGGCCUGACAUGUCUUACGCGGAACGGCUGGCAGCCGAGAGGCAGCACGCGGAAAGGGUGGCGGCCCUGGGCAAUGACCCUCUGGCCCGCCUGCAGAUGCUCAACGUGACCCCCCACCACCAUCAGCACUCCCACAUCCACUCGCACCUGCACCUGCACCAGCAGGAUGCCAUCCACGCAGCCUCUGCCUCGGUGCACCCUCUCAUUGACCCCCUGGCAUCAGGGUCUCACCUCACCCGGAUCCCCUACCCAGCGGGGACCCUCCCUAACCCCCUCCUUCCUCACCCUCUGCACGAGAACGAAGUUCUUCGUCACCAGCUCUUUGCUGCCCCUUACCGGGACCUGCCAGCCUCCCUGUCCGCUCCGAUGUCUGCAGCGCAUCAACUGCAGGCCAUGCACGCGCAGUCGGCCGAGCUGCAGCGCCUGGCGCUGGAGCAGCAGCAGUGGCUCCACGCCCACCACCCACUGCACAGUGUGCCGCUCCCAGCCCAAGAGGACUAUUACAGUCACCUGAAGAAGGAGAGUGACAAGCCGCUGUAGAAGCUGUCAGCGCGAGUGCUCCCCGGACUGCCACGGCUGAACUCGCAGGUGCCCCUCCUGGUGGCCAGCAGAGCCCAGGAGCGGGUGCUGUGCAGUGCCCGAGCCCCUGCAGCUGGGCAGAGGGACGAGGGGACACAUGAUCAGGUGGGGGUGGCCAGGGUGGGGACAGCCAGCGCACGGUGUCUUGGGCCAGGUCCCUCCUUCUCGGGCCCCUGCUUCCCCCCCCCCCCCCGGUGCCCCUCCUGCUCCGUUGGUGUGAUGAUCUCAUCUGUUAGAUGUGGCUGUUUUUGCGUAGCAUCGUGUGCCACCCCCCCCCCAUCCCUGUGUGCCUGCCCCUCUGCGAUGUACACCCGUGUCCCUUCCCACAUUAAUAAUUUAUAUAUAUAAAUAUCUAUAUGAUGCUCUUUAAAAAAACAUCCCAAGCAAAACCAAGCAAACAAAAACAUCCUCACAAUUCCCCCGGAA